AUGAAGUUUCAAGUUACCAUGCCUUAUUUGUUGUCUGGAUUCAUUUGUAAUUACUAUGACGAUUUGCUGCAAAUAGAUUUACAGCCAAAGUCAAACCAAACUUUAGUUGUGGCACCUAUUUUGCAAUUGUUAUGUGCACUUCGAUUUUAUCCAACAGGAUCUUUUCAAAUUGUGGUAGGUGACUCUACAGCAGCUUUAAGUCAACCGACUAUUUCAAGAAUCAUUCGUCGAGUUUCUUUAAGUCUAGCGAAACGAAUUAAUGAAUACAUCAAAUACCCAACAAAUCAACACGUUUUAAACGAGAGCAGAGUGAAAUUUUAUGAAAUUGCAGAAUUUCCAAAAGUAACUUGCGUAAUAGAUUGCACGCAUAUUUGCAUACAGAAACUACACGAGCACGAAUAUGCUUAUGUUGAUAGGUCAUCAAAUCAUUCAAUCAAUGUCCAAGCGGUGUGUGAUAACAAAGGAAAGUUUAUUGAUGUUGUUGCAAAAUAG